AUUCUUAAAGAUCCCAAGUCAAGCAUCCACCUACUACUCUUCCAAUUUCCUGCUUCAAAGUUCAGACCAACUCAACAGUCAGACAAAAAAAGCCAUGUAAAUUCUCCAGCAGAUACUCCUGACUUCAAACUUAUGAUUCCUAGUUCAAUCAAUGAUUCACCGUAUAAGACUCAAGAUUCACUUCAAAUAAGAAUAUGCUUUCCUUGAUGCCUUUUUACACUUUGCAAGCCGAAUACUCUCCUGUAACUCGACGGUUUGAUCAAUAGGGGAAUUUGUUGUUAUCUAUCAAUCCAAUAAGUAUACAAGCAUAAAGUAUUACGGAGUAUCAUACAUCAUUUACAAUAACAUCAGUCAGGUACCAAACAUUAUGAUGGCAUCAACUGAUAGUGUGAAAGAAUUUGAAACAAACAAGUUUUCCCUUCCAGUUGAUGCAGAGCACAAGGCUACAACCUUUUCAGUAAUGUCAGUUGCAAAGCCUCAUAUGCGGGCGUUUCAUCUAUCUUGGCUCCAGUUCUUUGCCUGCUUUCUAUCGACAUUUGCUGCUCCGCCCCUCCUUCCUAUCAUUUGUGACAGUCUCAAUCUUACGGCUACUGAUAUUGGUAAUGCAGGGAUUGCAUCAGUGUCAGGGGCUGUGUUUGCCCGUUUGGUCAUGGGCACUGCCUGCGAUUUAGUUGGGCCUAGAAUAGCCUCUGCAGCUCUCACCCUCCUUACUGCACCUGCAGUUUACCUAUCUGCCACAGCAAACUCACCCACAGCCUUCUUGCUCAUCCGUUUUUUUACAGGAUUUUCUUUGGCCACUUUUGUGUCAACCCAAUUUUGGAUGAGUUCCAUGUUUUCUCCACCAGUAGUUGGCCGAGCCAACAGUAUUGCAGCCGGGUGGGGCAACCUUGGAGGUGGAGCAACCCAGAUGAUCAUGCCUCUUCUGUAUACACUCAUCCUUGGGAUGGGAGCCACAAACUUUACUGCCUGGAGGAUAGCAUUCUUCAUUCCUGCUGUUUUACAGACUCUUUUGGCAUUUGCAGUGUUGCUUUUCGGGCAAGAUAUGCCUGAUGGAAAUUUCCAGCAACUCCACAAUUCAGGUAAAAAGCACAAAGACAACCUUUCAAAGGUUAUGUAUCAUGGACUUGCCAAUUAUAGGGGCUGGAUUACUGCCCUGUGCUAUGGGUACUGUUUUGGGGUGGAGCUAACCGUGGAUAAUAUCAUUGCUCAGUACUUCUUUGAUAGAUUCAAUCUCAAACUGCAUACAGCUGGGAUUAUAGCAGCCAGUUUCGGGUUGGCAAACAUUUUUGCCAGGCCAGGAGGUGGAUUGGUGUCAGAUUUGCUAGCAAAGAAGUUCGGAAUGAGGGGAAGACUCUGGGGCUGGUGGAUUAUCCAAACUGUAGGUGGCGUAUUAUGCAUUCUUCUGGGACUGAUGAACUCUUUAAGUGGAUCGAUUGCAGUAAUGUUCGUCUUCUCUGUGUUUGUUCAAGCAGCCUGUGGACUUGCAUUCGGGGUUGUACCUUUUGUCUCUAGAAGAUCUCUGGGCGUGAUUUCUGGUAUGACAGGAGCCGGUGGAAAUGUGGGUGCAGUUUUAACUCAAUUGAUUUUCUUCAAAGGAUCUCAAUACACAACAGAAAGGGGAAUAACCUAUAUGGGUAUCAUGAUUGUAGCAUGCACUCUCCCCAUAAGUGCCAUAUACUUCCCACAGUGGGGAGGCAUGUUUUGUGGUCCUAACCCGAAUACUUCAGAAAACGACUACUAUAUGGAGGAAUGGGAUUUAAAGGAGCAGCAGGAAGGACACCAUCUGGCAAGCUUGAGAUUUGCAGACAGCAGCAAGAGUGAAAGGUGCAGAAGACAGCAGUCUGCACACCCAAACGAGAGCCUGCCUUCAUGUGUACGACUAAUCUACUGUCGGUAGCCUCAUUAUACACUACGAGUAUAUGUUAUGUACUUAUGCUCAUAUGUUGAAUUCCCAUGUCGGACAGUUAACACUCACAUGACAAGGGUCUGAAAUAUCCUAAUGCAAGUAUCCAACACAUCAGAUUUCACCUUCAACCAUAAUUUCUAACCAAGGAGAAAGUUAUGUGCAAUGCGUGCUUAGAAACAAGAAUCAGCCAACAAAACAACUUGUAAUUUUCGUAUGUGUAGCAUUUGUAACGUCUGCACAUGUAAGAGCAUUAUACUUAUAAUGCAAUUAUUUUUCGAGAUUAGCUUCAACAAUAGUGGCCUUUGUUAGAGGUAAUCAACAUUCAGCCUAAUGUCAUCUAUGCACCAAUAAUCACUAAUGUAUAAUGAAGGGUUAUUUAUUUUUAUUUUUUUUUUCUUUGUGUUUAAAGAGCCACAAAGGGCGGGGCCGCGGGGGUGAGAAUCAAUCCCAUAAUCUAGUGAAAUCGAGAGGGAAGCUCUAACCACUUGACUUAUCCCUCACUAUCGGGGUUAUUUCUUAUUUGCAAUGCUAGUAAUGAUAUAUUCAUCCAAACCAUAAUCACAGCUCAAAAGACAACUAAAAUUCAGAUUAUGAAUCAUGUAUUAAUCAAUUCCAUCAAAAGCAAACUCAAAUACUUGGAUUUGUAGUAGUGUAGUAAUUUUCAUCAAACUCAAUUUCCGUGAACAUAAAAGCUGACCAGUAAAAUAAUAUACAUAGAAAAAGCAUAGAAAAUAUAAUGUAUAAAUCAGACCCAAUUAUACAUAAAAUGAUAGAAAUGAAAGACAAAUUCGAAAA